AUGUUUCCGUCCUGUCCAGAGGCCAGAGGAUGCCAACGGUCUUUUGUUAUUCGGCAGUCGCAGUUACCUGACCGUCCCUGCGAACUGGUGCAUUCGACACAUACUCAGCGAUAUUCCAGCCCGCCUUCAAAGGACAGUCCCAAGGAAGGUGGCGAAGCCCUCAUUCUGCCCCAGUCACAGCAAACCACAAUUCCUCUUCAAAGUAGCCUUUCAGAUGCAGCUGCGCUGACGACGGCUGGACGUUGGUCUACUCUGGACAACUUCCAGGAGUCCGACUCCACCGACACCACUUCUGGCAGCGGCCAAGUCGUGUUCCCCAUCAUUCACGGUGGCAUUCCACCCGACGUCCUGCUAACACCGGGCGCCGCCGAGAAGUUCCGACUCGCAACCAAGCCACCACAAACUCUUGAAGAAGCUCAAACUCGAAUCGCCCUGAUGGAAGAUCAACUGGCUUUUCUCACCUCCUGGGUGCAGGCAGUUCAAGAGCAACAGGGCGGACAAAUCAAACGUUCUUCCGAAUCCGAGGACAGUCCAAUCAACAGGAACACUCUUUUCUCCAAAACCUCAAACGAGUUCGCCUGCACGCAUAAGGAACAAGACUUUUGUGCCCCGGGCAAUUCCAUCUUUGACAGUACCCACUCGCCGAAAAAUGCAAACAGUGCGGAUUCCUGCUGUCACAACGUAGACACCACAAAGUAUUCCCUUGUGCCUUCACCGAAAGCCUCCAAAUGGAUUGUGCAAUGUGGUCGGUCGGAAGCCCCGCUCUCGCCUGGUGGACGCUGGGGACUGGAUACCCCUAAACGGGCUCAGUUGGUGCAGGUGUAUAAACGUCUGCGUGAGGUGAAGAACGAGCUUGGAAGCCUCCGAAGAACACAGGAGUCAAAUAUAGGCAUCUUACGCAACUGUUCCGAGGACUUAUUCAACGAAAUUAAUCGGUUACUUGAAAAAGCCUCUCACAAGAAUAUGUCCCCUCUGCGAGCGGCCAGACUAGAUCUGGACAGUCAGAUUUCCACCUACCUGACAGAAUGCAACGACGUUGAGGACUGGCUGCGAGAUCUGGAGGCAUGCAUCGAGGAGCUUCGAAUAGAUGCCCUGCAACGUCGCUGUCGCGUCAGUGUGUCGGACGUUGAAACCUACGCGCUGCAUUUGAGUCGACUCAGCAGUCGUCUUGUUGCAUUCAAAGGUACCGAAUUUUUCUAA